GUUUUGUGGGUUCACCAAAUCAGCGUAAAAAUAGAACAAAGAAUCUCUGAAGAAAUAAUAUCUGAAAUGGGCUCCUCAUCUAGUAAGAAGCAAGAAAACCGUUUGAGGGAGGAGGUCGAAGAUUCAGCCGAACACGGCAAUGUGAUUCCGAUUUCGAGAUUGUUAUUCGAGACUAACUACUCAUUUAGUCAAAACAUAGCCAACCGUCUGAAGGAAAUGGUUAAAGAGAUGAUUGAUGACGCCAGAAGGAUCCAGCUGUCAGACGAACUCUCUCAAUUUGACGGUUUUCUAGUAGAAAAUAAUGACAAAUUUCAAAUUAAGAGAGAUGAAUUGAGAAAAUUUGUGUGCGUCAUUUCUCUGGAUAGAGACCACCCGAGCAGAACCAGCGGGAGAUUGAAAUUAAUAGUAACAGAGAGUGUGGAGGAGGAAAUACUGAAUCGCAUUGGCACCAUGCCGGCUGACACGCAGUACGAACUGCUGAAGAACAUGCAAGAUGCAUACUUCGAUGAAGUUACUGGGUACAAUCUGGCCAGGAACAUUUCUCUGAAGGAAGAUGGAAUAGACCGUGUAAGAAUGACCUACACCGACCGAUACAUUGAAGCAUUGGCUCGAAGCAGACGCUACCGUCUGCCCUACUUCUCUCACAAGUUCCUCCAUAAGGACUGUCCAGUCUGCAAGAAAGAGUUUGUUGAGGGGAAGUUCGUGCACACCCUGCACUGUGGACAUGCCCUUCAUUUCCAUUGUUCGGACGCUUACAUCCAACACUUCAGCGUGUGUCCUUGUUGUCGCGCGGACCUUGUGGUCAAUCACAGGGUGGUCGAAAGAGUUGAAAGCAAGAUGAAUGCCGAUGGCUCCAGGGAUCUUUAUGUAUCUCUGUCACGUGAGCCCAAAUAUUACUGACCAUUCU